AUGGAAUACUUGAGCAGGAGUCUGAGAGGACUGACAGAGAUAGCAGAUUUCCACUACCAUCCUAAAUGUUCAAAAUUAGCAAUCACACACUUGUGCUUUGCAGACAAUCUCUUGCUCGUUGCUAGAGGUGACAUCACCUCUAUGAUUACAUUGCACCACUGCUUCACUCAAUUCUCUGAAGCUUUAGGUUUAAAAGCUAAUUUAGGGAAGAACUCAGUGUACUUUGGUGGAAUAGCUAGAGCUGACAGAGAAAGAAUUCAACAUGAGCUUGGUUUUUCUAGUGGUGAACUACCAUUUAAAUACUUUGGGGCUUCAUUGUCGACUAAGAAACUCUCCCUAUUACAGUGGCAACCUCUUAUUGAGAAGAUAGUGGCAAAGAUCUCAUCCGGGACAGUCAAAAACCUGUCAUAUGCAGGAAGAACUCAAUUUGUCCAAAUUAUGUUAUUUGGUGUGCAAGCUUAA